AUGGACCAUCAAAAAGCACUUGAAACUGCUGAAAAGGUAGUCAGUUCCAUCGAGAAAUAUGGACAGGGUGACUACAUUGGUGAAUCGAUCAGUCAACUGGAACACUGUCUCCAAGCUGCACAUCAAGCACAGAAGAAUGGCGCACGAAAUGAACUCGUUCUCGCAGCUCUCCUCCACGACUAUGGCCAGAUAAUCCCCCUCGAAUCAACACGUGAAGUCCGGAUGAACCUCAAAAGCAGCUCAAAAGAUGUCGGGCGAGUUGGCCAUGAAGCUAUCGGGGCGGAGGUGUUACAAUCACUUGGAUUCAGUCAGACUGUCUGCCAACUUGUCAAUAGCCAUGUUGCUGCCAAGAGGUACCUUACUGCAGUGGAUAAAUCGUACUAUAACUCUCUGUCAUCUGCAUCCCAGGCAACUCUUGCAUUUCAAGGUGGUCCAUUCAGAGGGGAUGAACUCGCUACCUUUGACCAAGAUCCCCUGCGUGAUGAGAUGGUUGCGAUGAGAUUGUGGGAUGAUGCAGCCAAGAUCCCAGACAUUCAGGAUUUGACACCACGAGCUAGGUCAUACAUGGAUAGAAUUGUGGCUCAUCUUGAGGGAAGGGAUGAACUUUUCUAA